AUGUCCGUUACUGAAAAUAAGUUGUGGCAGGACUUUGUUGACUCCAGUCUUCAGGAGAAGAUUAAUGAGGAGAGGAUAUGGAUGGAGAAGAUGUUCAGCAGCCUGAAGACCGAGGUGGAAAGCUGGAUCAUUGAGAUGCAGCAGGAGUGGAGGCUGAGGGAGAGGACUCACAGAGAUCAGCUGCUGCUUAUGGACCUUCCUCAGAGGAAGAGAGCCAUUGACCGCCUCAGAGAGAUGGACCUCCUCAACAGUCGGCUGGAUAGAGCGGAGGACAGAGAGGAGAGAUGGAAGUCCCUGAGAGAAGCCUGCCUGAGCUCGGCAAAGAAACAGGGAACAAAUGUAAAAAUCCUGAGAGUGCGAGAGUUUCAGGGAAGUCCAAAAAAACUGGAAUCUCGGACGCAAGAUAUCCAGACCAGGAGAAAGAACUUGACAACUCAACAGAGCACCAAAAAUCAGGAUGCAAUGAAAAGUGUCAAGCAGACCACAGAUGAAGGCAGAGAGGAUCCCUUUGUGAGAGCACAUGAAGUGCCAGAGGCUGCACAGAGUGAGAGAGAGGAAAAGCCAAGAGAGCAGUCCUUCACAGAGAAAAUGGUUAAAAAAAAAGCAGAUUUCCUAAAGAAAAUGGAUGAGACGAUGAAUGAGAGAAGGCAGACGAAGAGGGAGAAUGAGCAGAGGAAGUGGGAGGAGUUACAGAAGAGACAGGAGAUGUGGCAGAGGAAGAGGGAGAGUGAACAGAGGAAGUGGGAGCAGUGGGAGAGAAAGGACAGGGAAUGGAAGGAAGAGCGAAUGACUGAGGAGCAGAAGAAGAGACGGGCAGAUAAAGAGGAAGCGGAGAGGGUUAAGGCACUGCUUCCCAAGAAAAAGAACAAAUUCAAGUCAUUUGUUUUUCAAUUAUUCUUUGUGUAA